AUGCUCGACUUCUUCACCAUCUUCUCGAAGGGCGGGCUCGUGCUCUGGUGCUUCCAGGGCGUGAGCGACUCCUGCACCGGGCCCGUCAACGCGUUGAUUCGUUCCGUGCUGCUACAGGAAAGGGGAGGCAACAACUCGUUCACCCAUGAAGCCCUCACACUCAAGUAUAAACUGGACAACCAGUUUGAGCUGGUGUUUGUGGUUGGUUUUCAGAAGAUCCUAACACUGACCUACGUGGACAAGUUGAUAGAUGACGUGCACCGGCUCUUUCGGGACAAGUACCGCACCGAGAUCCAGCAGCAAAGCGCCCUAAGUCUAUUGAACGGCACGUUUGAUUUCCAAAAUGACUUUCUGCGGCUCCUCCGUGAAGCGGAGGAGAGCAGUAAGGUCCGGGCUCCAACCACCAUGAAGAAGUUUGAAGAUUCUGAAAAGGCCAAGAAACCUGUGAGAUCCAUGAUUGAGACCCGGGGUGAAAAGCCCAAGGAAAAAGCAAAGAAUAAAAAAAACAAGGGGGCCAAGAAGGAAGUGAAAUUUCUCCUAACAGGUUUUGAUGUCCCUUUGACUGCCAGCAAAACAGCCCCUGCAGAAAAGUCCGUGGGGGCUGACAAUGGGGUAGAACUUUCCAAAGAGGAGCUGAUCCGGAGGAAGCGAGAGGAGUUCAUCCAGAAACACGGGAAGGCUGCAGACAAGUCCAGCAAGUCCUCGAAGUCAGAUGCUCCAAAGGAGAAGGGCAAAAAAGCACCUCGGGUGUGGGAGCUGGGUGGCUGUGCUAACAAGGAAGACCUGGAUUAUAGCGCUCCUACCACCAAUGGGGCCCCAGAGAUUGCCCCGCCUGAGGACAUCAACUUGAUUCGAGGGACUGGGCCUGGGGGGCAGCUUCAGGAUCUGGACUGCAGCAGCUCCGAUGAUGAAGGGGCUGCUCAAAACCCUACCAAACCUAGUGCUGCCAAGGGGACCCUGGGUGGCAUGUUUGGGAUGCUGAAGGGCCUUGUGGGUUCCAAGAGCUUGAGUCGUGAAGACAUGGAAUCUGUGCUGGACAAGAUGCGCGAUCAUCUCAUUGCUAAGAAUGUCGCAGCAGACAUUGCAGUCCAACUCUGUGAAUCCGUGGCCAACAAGUUGGAAGGGAAGGUGAUGGGGACAUUCAGCACGGUGACUUCCACAGUCAAGCAAGCUCUGCAAGAGUCCCUGGUGCAGAUCCUGCAGCCACAGCGCCCUGUGGACAUGCUCCGGGACAUCAUGGACGCCCAGCGUCGUCAGCGCCCUUACGUGGUCACCUUCUGCGGGGUUAAUGGAGUGGGAAAGUCUACGAAUCUCGCCAAGAUUUCCUUCUGGCUGCUGGAGAACGGCUACAGUGUCCUCAUCGCCGCCUGCGACACAUUUCGUGCCGGGGCCGUGGAGCAGCUGCGCACACACACGCGCCGCCUGAGUGCCCUACACCCCCCGGAGAGCCACGGCGGCCGCACCAUGGUGCAGCUGUUCGAGAAGGGCUACGGCAAAGACGCUGCCGGCAUCGCAAUGGAAGCCAUUGCCUUUGCACGCAACCAAGGCUUUGAUGUCGUGCUGGUGGACACAGCUGGCCGCAUGCAAGACAAUGCCCCUCUGAUGACUGCCCUGGCCAAGCUCAUUACUGUCAACACCCCCGACUUGGUGCUGUUUGUGGGCGAGGCCCUAGUAGGCAAUGAGGCCGUGGAUCAGCUGGUCAAGUUCAACAGAGCCUUGGCUGACCAUUCUAUGGCUCAAACCCCUCGGCUCAUUGAUGGCAUUGUCCUUACCAAAUUUGAUACCAUUGAUGACAAGGUGGGAGCUGCUAUUUCCAUGACCUACAUCACAAGCAAACCCAUCGUGUUUGUGGGCACUGGCCAGACCUACUGCGACCUACGCAGUCUCAACGCCAAGGCUGUGGUGGCUGCCCUCAUGAAGGCUUAA